AAAAACACCACACAACCCGAACCCACCCAGUCCGCCGGCAGCCCGCAGCAGCCCCUCAGUUGUGCCGCGCCUGCAGGGGAGGCUCGGCGGGGAGCGGGGAGCGGGGCUCGGCCCAGGCCGCCGGGGACCCCCUGGCCCCCUGGGAGCCACCUCCAGCCCUCGGGGCCCCCUCGGCGCCCCUUCCUUCCAUGGGCUUUCCCCUCGGCCCGCCGCCUGCCCCGAUGCUGACCGCCGCCGCCUUCCCACCAUGAACUUGCUCGCCGGGAUCUGGGGGCCGCUCCCCCUGCUCCUGCUCUGGGCCACGCCGCGGGUCGCCUCCUCAUGGUGGUACAUGGGGGCCGUGGGCUCGUCGCGGGUGAUGUGCGACAACGUGCCGGGGCUGGUGAGCCGGCAGCGGCAGCUGUGCCGCCGGCACCCCGAGGCCAUGCUCUCCAUCGGCCGCGGCGUGGCCGCCUGGACGGCCGAGUGCCAGCACCAGUUCCGCCGGCACCGCUGGGACUGCAGCGCCCUGGAGCGGGGGCAGCGCCUGCUCGGCCGCGUCCUGCUGCGCAGCAGUCGGGAAUCUGCUUUUGUUCACGCCAUCUCCUCCGCUGGGGUAGUUUUUGCUAUCACGAGGGCAUGUAGCCAGGGAGAGCUGAAAUCCUGCUCCUGCGAUCCCAAGAAGAAAGGCUCUGCGAAGGACAGCAAGGGUCAUUUUGACUGGGGCGGCUGCAGCGAUAACAUUGACUACGGUGUUAAAUUCGCCAGGGCCUUCGUGGAUGCCAAAGAGAGGAAAGGCAAAGACGCAAGAGCGCUGAUGAACCUGCACAACAACAGGGCUGGAAGGAAGGCCGUGAAGCGGUUUUUGAAACAGGAGUGCAAAUGUCACGGUGUGAGUGGAUCAUGCACUCUAAGGACCUGUUGGCUGGCCAUGGCAGACUUUAGGAAAACAGGAGAUUAUCUGUGGAAGAAAUACAAUGGAGCGAUUCAGGUGGUCAUGAAUCAAGAUGGCACGGGUUUCACUGUGGCUAAUAAGAGAUUUAAGAAGCCAACUAAGAAUGACCUGGUAUACUUUGAAAGCUCUCCAGACUACUGUAUCAGGGACAGGGAUGUAGGGUCCCCAGGGACGGCCGGCCGGGUUUGCAACCAGACGUCCCGCGGCAUGGACAGCUGUGAGGUGAUGUGCUGCGGCCGAGGCUACGACACCUCGCGCGUCAGCAGGAUGACGAAAUGCGAGUGCAAGUUCCACUGGUGCUGCGCCGUGCGCUGCCAGGACUGCCUGGAGGUGGUGGAUGUCCACACCUGCAAGGCGCCCAAGAGCGCCAGCUGGACGUCCCGGACAUGACGUUUGGGUACUGCCUCCCUGCCUGGUCCACGCAGGGAAUGCUUCCGAGGCCUCUGCUGGAUUUACGCCGGUUUUGCCUUCGCCUUUCGUUACACAGAAGCCGCUCAGUGACUCUUACAAACUCUGCAGUGUUCACAUCUCCACAUAACCGCGUUGUUGCACGGUUUGUGUAACAACCGCUGCCGCGCUGGAAGGAGCUGCUUCUGUUGGGGCUGUCCCAACCAACACACAACUCUGAGCUCCUUGCGGCAAGUCCUUCCUGCCACCGGGCACACGGCGAGACGUCAGGAUGAGCCAUUUCAUACUGGAUGCCACCAAAUGUGGGGGUUGCUAUGGCCUCCUGCCGAGGGCCUGGUGCUGCUCACAGCCAUGCCCUGGGCGCUCAGCCUACUGGGCUGAGGCCUGGGCCCUGAGCAGGGACUCCUCCGUGGAAAACUUUGUGGCCAGGAUGAUUUUGGGGCUUUACCAGAGGUGAAUUUGCCCACCCAUCUGCUGUGGGGUGGUGUGUGUGCUGUGGUGGCCCUUACAGCGCUGGGCUGUGAGGUGUGUUGGGCAGAGACUGGCCUGUAGGGGAAAGCAAAGAUCAGCAGGAAGCGUUCAACUGCAAGAGUCUCAUCUGCUAUUAAGGAGCCAAAGCGAAUGUCUUAGGUAUAUAUUUGUGAAAACUUGCCUUAAGGACUUAUAAAAGGUUAUUAAUACUAACCACUGAUUGUUUUUUUUUUUUUUUUUGAUCUGAAGAAUCGAAGAAAAGUAAUUCCAGCCCAAUGACAGCUGGAGACAGGACACUAAACUACCUAAGGAUAAGAUUUCCUAUUUUUCAUUUACUGAAUUUUACUUAAACAUUUGCAGAAAUCUGAUGGAGAAAGCAAUACCUUGUCUUAAUAACAAUUGGGUUUCAUUCUAAAGAAUCUAUCAACUCUUAUGUUCUUUUAAAUUUAAUAAACCUAAUAUAAAUGUGCUCAGAAUUAUACUUUCAGUUCCAAUGGGGACUUCCAAAUGAGCUUUUCUCGGAAUGCAUGCUGCACAAACUUGCAGCUGAUUAAGAGUGCAUUGGCCUUUGAUGGAGGCAGUCGCAGGCUGUGCCAGGUCUGUGUUCUGGGCUCGGAUCAGCACAAAACAACAAAGUGCUGGAAAUGUGUGUAGGCUCAGGAGGCCCUGAAGUUGUGGCCUCACAGGAGAGAUGCUGGGGAGCUGUGUCAGACAGGGAACAGCCAGCUUGCUGAGGAGCAGAGAGCAGAAAUGGGGCCGGUGCCACUAAGUCUAAUAAGGCAGCCCUGGAAAGCUAUGGAAAAGCACCCAUGAAGUGCAGAGACAUGCAUGGUACUGAAAAAAUAACUUAUGAAAAGAAGGUUGAACAGGUGACAGAAAAUAUUUCCAUGUGAAAAUGGAAAAGACUAGAGGAACCUUAGUGUGUACAAACAGUGCGUGAAAAAAUAAUAGACAAGAAGCAUACCGUGGCAAUAAAGCAAGGCGAGUAGUCAGGUU